GGGAGGGAGGCUACUGCGACCACUACGGCUGCUGCUGCAUCUGCUGCUGCGAGCAACACUGGCGAUGGUGACGGAGAAGGUGAAGAAGAAGAAGAAAGAGGAGGAGGACACGGUGGUAGUGGUGGUGGUGGGCGAAGAGGAGGAGGAGGAAGAGGAGUGGGGACCGUGGGGAGGGGCGAGCCAUGAGAGGUAGUGCACCGCGCAGGAGAACGCUUUAUCGUCGAAGUUCCCAUCACUCUCCUUUGCCUCGCUUCUCUCGCUAUCUGCGGCCCAAGAACUCGAACAACGACGCGCCAAAGCGACUGGCGGCAUCGCGGAUUGCUGCUAAAAUGCAGCGUCCGCACCUGAAGGGCAAACCCGCUGUUAUUUCUUCUGCCGCAGAUCCUGACUCCGUGACCACGCCUGCGCAGAAAUCAGGGCAACAGGGACACUCUCUGAGUCAGGUGGGGAGGUUUCUUGGCGGAUAUUCAUUCAUCCUAUUCCUAACGUCUUCUCACCUGUUUAGUUUUUGAAGCGCGGUUCUCAAUGAAGCAACCUGUUGCGGCAAGUACUUUGCGUCGAUCGACGAGGAAAAGGCGGAUAUCUGUUGGUCUUGGUUAUGAUUCAGAAAACACCGAUGCGGAUGAGGAGGAUCUGAGGUUGCAUGCUUUCCGAUCGUCGAAGAAUUCAAAGGCCGAGGCUCCCGCACCCCGAGAAGAGGAGGGAAGUCCAACAGGUUCUGAUAAGAAGAAUGGAGAUGCGGGUCCUGCUCCACGGCGGGAGGGGCUCAGGCCCCGGCAGAAGCUGAGACCGACAAGGCAGGACUCCUCACAAGAGUUUGAGGAAGACGAACCAAAUUCGUCCACUGGAAAUGAGGCAGAAGAGGGUGAAGACGGUGAAGAUGGAGGAGCUGGAGAUGAAGGCGAAGAGGGUGAUGAUGGUGAAGAGGAAGAAGAGGACGAAGAGUCGGCCGAGCGUGAGGGCAGACGGCGCUACGCAUUGCGCAAUCGUACCGAAGUGCAGAGGUUUUCUCCUCGUAGGGAAGAGAACAGGGCCGCUGCUCGACCACGAUCUCCAAGAAAGCUUUUCCAAGGUGGGAGCGGCAAUGGUAACGCGAAUGGCAACGGAAAGAGAGCCCGUGAAGGGCGCCGCUCCGCAGCACGAGCCUACAAGCGGCACCGAUCGAUGAGGAACGAUGACUCCGACGACUCUCUGCUUGUCGACGAAAUGGCGGCUGACCAAGGAGCAGUUGCGCCCUGGGCUAGAGGAGUCCGCUCUGCGGGUAGCAUCCCUUGGCUUCCUUCUGGCUUAGAUACACAUGCUUCUACCGGAUGGGCUGGCAAUCCCACAACCAGUGCCUGGGGCCACCAAUCCGAGCCCUGGGGACAUGCCAGUGCAACGGGUGCAGGCGCACAAACUGCCGGACCUAGUUCCAAAGGUGGAGCUGAUAUUCAACCUGUGCAGGUUGAUAAUUCUGUAGGUUUUGAUCAGAUUGGGGGUUUGUCCAAGUACAUCGAUUCUCUGAAGGAGAUGGUUUUCUUCCCUUUGCUUUACCCAAACUUCUUUGCCAACUACCACAUCACUCCACCCAGGGGUGUUCUACUGUGCGGUCCUCCUGGAACGGGAAAGACUUUAGUAGCAAGGGCUUUGGCCAGUGCGGCCACGAGGGCAGGGCAGAAAGUGAACUUUUAUAUGCGGAAGGGUGCAGAUGUGCUUAGCAAGUGGGUCGGGGAAGCAGAACGACAGCUCAAGUUACUGUUUGAAGAGGCUCAACGUUGUCAGCCCUCUAUUAUUUUCUUUGAUGAGAUUGAUGGUCUUGCACCGGUGCGAUCGAGCAAACAGGAGCAAAUUCACAAUUCCAUCGUGUCUACCUUACUCGCUUUGAUGGAUGGCCUGGAUUCUCGUGGUCAGGUAGUGGUUAUUGGAGCGACCAACAGAGUUGACGCCAUAGACGGAGCUCUUAGGCGGCCUGGUCGUUUUGACAGAGAGUUUAUGUUUCCUUUGCCCAACUCAGAAGCCAGAGCCGAGAUACUUGACAUCCAUACAAAGAAGUGGCAGAAACCUCCAGAAGAAAGUCUACGCAAGGAACUUGCAGCGUCUUGUGUAGGCUAUUGCGGGGCGGAUUUGAGAGCUCUAUGUACAGAGGCAGCAAUCAGGGCUUUUAGGAAGAAAUAUCCUCAAGUUUACAAGAGUGAUGAGCAGUUUGUGAUAGAUGUAGACUCAGUGGAAGUUGGAAGGCGAGACUUCUGGGAAGCGAUGUCGGCAAUAACCCCCGCUGCUCAUAGGGGAGCUGUUGUGCACGGCAGGCCUCUUUCCACUGUUGUUACUCCUGUACUCGAGGUCCAGUUAGAACGUGUGUUGAGGCGCCUCAUAGAAGUUUUCCCUGUUAUGCAUGUCGAGAAGUCGGAUCUGGAAGAUUAUGACGACGACGAUGAGAGUCCUGAGCAGUUGGCUAGGUUGUUCGGAUUCCAGUUCGGAUCAUCUAUUCCUUACGUGUACAAACCAAGGCUUUUGCUGUGGGGAUAUGACGGAUCUGGCCUGGAGCAUCUUGCCCCGGCCGUGUUACACAGAUUGGAAAGGUUUCCUGUCCAUUCGCUUGGACUUCCAUCGCUCCUGUCCGAUCCUAGUGCGAAGAGUCCCGAGGAGGCUCUCGUACACAUUUUUGGGGAAGCCCGAAGAACUACUCCAUCCGUACUUUUCUUGCCACAGCUACAGCUUUGGUGGGAAACGGCACAUGAUCAACUGCGAGCAGUUCUUCUGAUGCUCCUUGCCGACUUGCCAUCAGAUCUUCCUGUCCUACUUCUGGGGACUUGUGCAGGUUCUCUGGAUGAAAUCGAUCCAGAUGCAGUCAGUAUAUUCGGAACAAAUUUGGAUGAAGUCGUCUGCCCUAAUACAGAGGAACGUGCUGCAUUUUUUACAAGAAUGAUUGAUGCAGUCUUGGCUGUUCCCAUUGACAAAUGCUCAAAAGUGGAGAAAGCUAAAGAAGUUCUACCGGAACUCCCCAAGGCACCUCGAGUUGAGCGGGGACCUAGUGAGGCAGAGUUGAAAGAGCAAGCGGACUUGGAAGAUCAUGCUCUGAGGAAAUUGAGGAUGUGUCUUCGAGAUGUUUGCAACAGGCUUCUCUACGAAAAACGAUUCAGCAUAUUUCACUAUCCAGUUAUGGAGGAUGAUGCUCCUGACUAUCAUACAGUAGUGAAGAAACCAAUGGAUGUGACCACGUUGCUUCAGGGUGUAGACAGUGGAAAAUAUAUCACCCGCGCAGCGUUUCUGGAUGAUGUCGAACUGAUUCCUGCCAACGCUAAGGUGUAUAAUGGAGAUGAUUACCAAGGAGCGCGGAUAGUCAGCAAGGCAUGUGCUCUUCGCGAUGCUGUACAUGGCAUGCUAGCGCAGCUGGAUCCUGGACUUGUGAUAUUUUGUGAUGCUAUUGCAUCACGAGGGGGCCCAGUUCGACCCCCGGUGUGUGUUAUUGAAGCUCCUCCAAGUCCUGUUGUUGCGCCACCCGCUUUUGUGACACGAGCAAGCGCUCGACUGAGGGGUUUUCAGCCUGCUGUGGCUGUUGAUGUUCCCAAGCCUUCUGAAAGUCGAAAGUCCAAGAGAAAUUCUGAUGGCGGUGCGGCGGGUGAAGCAGUGAUGGGGUCUGUUGUACCUCCAGACGGUGCAGCGACCUCGGAGCAGACGGCGAAGGACAGCGAUGAAGGAGGUGCUGGAGACGCGCAUGCAGCUGUCAUCGAUGAACAGGGAAAGGAUGAACCACCUGUUGCCACGACCAAAAAAGACAGUCCUGGAAAAGGAUCUCCUGUGGCCGUGAGCGACCCCGUAGAAGAUAGAGGAUCAGACCCCUCGAUCUUGCCAGACGCAGAUUCACCGAAGGCGGUGGAAGCUUUUGAGGACUCGACGAACGUGGAAUCGGUGAAAGAUGAUAAGUUUCAUCAGCAAGUCGAGGAUGUCAAAAGAAAGCUGACAGAUGUCACAGAAGGUUAUGGUGUCGCACAGCUGGAGAAAAUUUACGCUAGUGUUUGUAGAGUUCUUCAGACACACAAAGCCUCUAGUGGCAAGCAUUGGCGCCUUGCUUUCCUCGAAGCUUUUACUUCCAAUAACGACAAUUUUGCUGCCCUAGUCUAGAUAUAUGUGCUUACAAGGAAGCCAUGGAUUUUUGUACUGUGUUUUUCCGUUCAUGGAGAGAAGCACUGCACAUCAAUUGUCACCAAGGAUCUAGGCUUGGGGUCUAGUCUUAAUUGCAGGUAUAGGUAAUUACUGCGAUGCAGAAACUCAUGUUAGAUAAGGUGAAAUCAGUGUUGAUGAGUUCUGGUAGUACAUCACCACACCCAGAUAGACUUCAUGAGGAUGGAUAGGGUUUUGUGAAGCCUAGAAUGGAAGUGUGAAUGUACGAUGAUUCUUUUGUACAGUUCACAUGUUCCCCUGAUCCUCGCAGCAGGGAGAGACUUGAUGAAGCGUUCUCACUUUUAUACGACGUUCCUACCGCGGGAAGGGUGGGAUGGUUAGUUGCAUCUUGUGCUAGCCAAGAAAUUUUGUGGGAGGUGGACACCGAUUGGGCAUCUUUGAAGCCCGCGUGUACCAUUUGUAGCUUUAGCAAACAUUGAACGGAUCGGGUAUAGACUGGUGCAAAUUUUUCCAACUGUAUAUUGAGUGUGGUGGCCAUCUACACCCCUCAGCCCCGCACCAUAGGCAUGUGACUGAAAGGUAAAGAGAAAUUUAUUCAAUCGAAUUACAGCUU